CGACUAUUGUCCAGCGAACACUCACAAGACAUCAAGCGCCCAUUGGCCGACGAUUUGAAAGCACUCCCGUCUGGCCUUAUCUGUACCGUUCGCAGCCAUCGCCCAACAUGGCACCAAACCUCAAGAACUUCUACGAUACCGUCGAUUCCCUGGCGGAACCAUUCAUCGAUCGUCUGCGAAAGGCCGUGGCAAUUCCUUCCAUUUCAGCGGAUGAGGCAAGGCGCCAAGAUGUCGUAAAGAUGGGCUUGUAUCUGAAGGACCAGCUUGAAGCACUGGGUGCACACAUGGAGGCUCGGCCAUUGGGCAAGCAGCCACACAAAGAACACUUGGAACUGCCUCCAGCGAUUAUCGGCAGAUAUCCAGCGAAGAAGGAUGAAAGCAAGCGCACCAUCCUGGUAUACGGUCACUACGAUGUACAACCCGCAGAGUUGUCAGACGGAUGGGCCACGGAGCCAUUCAAGCUCAGUAUCGACGACAAGGGUCGAAUGUAUGGCCGUGGAAGUACUGACGACAAGGGACCAGUGUUGGGGUGGGUAAAUGUGAUUGAGGCGCAUCAGAAAGCAGGCAUCGAGUUCCCCGUCAACUUGCUCAUGUGCUUCGAAGGCAUGGAGGAGUACGGAUCCGAGGGCCUUGACGACUUCAUCAUUGCCGAGUGUAAGCCAGGGAAAUUCUUUGCUGACGCGGACGCUGUCUGUAUCAGUGAUAACUACUGGCUGGGGACGGAGAAGCCCUGUCUGACGUAUGGUCUAAGAGGCUGCUCGUACUACUCCAUCGAGAUAAGUGGUCCCGGCCAGGAUCUGCACUCUGGUGUCUUCGGGGGUACUGCUCAAGAACCUAUGACAGAUCUCGUUCGCGUCAUGGGCAGCCUCGUAGAUACUCAUGGCAACAUCCUUAUCCCUGGCAUCAAGGAGCUCGUAGCACCAGUUACUAAGGAGGAGCAGGCGCUGUACAAGGACAUCGCCUUUGAGAUGGACAACCUCUACGAGUCCUUGGGUAGCCAGACAAGCAUCUUUCCCGACAAAGAGCGCACGCUCAUGGGUCGCUGGCGUUUCCCAUCUCUGUCGCUUCACGGUAUUGAGGGAGCUUUCUCGCAGACUGGAGCGAAGACCGUCAUUCCUGCGAAGGUGGUCGGCAAGUUUUCCAUCCGAACAGUGCCAGAUAUGGAGCCACCAGAGGUGGAUAAGCUCGUUUUCGCUCACGUGGACAAAGUGUUCAAGCAGCUUGGUUCUAAGAACACCCUGAACUGUUAUCUACAGCAUGCAGGAAAGUGGUGGGUUGCGUCACCAAAUCACUGGAACUUCACCGCGGCUGCUAAGGCUGUGGAAGACGUUUGGAGGGUCAAGCCAGAUCUUACAAGGGAAGGCGGAAGUAUACCCGUGACUUUAACAUUCGAGCAAGCUACAGGCAAGAAUGUCCUCCUCUUGCCGAUGGGCUCCUCAACAGAUGCUGCUCAUUCUAUAAAUGAGAAGCUCGACCGCCGCAACUACAUCGAGGGUAUCAAGCUGCUAGGUGCUUACCUUCACUAUGUUGGCGAGGAACCGAGCGAGGAACCGAUGAAGGCAUAAUAAGUCCGUUUCGGCAAAUGUAAUCUCGCUUGCGGGACGCACCAUACCACACAAUUCAGGCCGAUUCUGCAACAAGACCUUCCCUUGCCGCGUCUACGACCAGCGCGGUGUAUACCUAAAGCAGGAGUUCUGCCGAGGACUAAAUUCGAAAAGGCGGUGUUGGGUUGUGGACGAUUGUUCUCACCGAUUCCUUGGAAUACGUCAGGGUUCGAAAAUUGUGCAAUGUGCACACAGACAGAAAGUCAGGCCGGACGUGCACGCCAGAUAGGCUCAGCCGUAGGUGAAGAGUUCAAUCAAUCGCAGUUCACGAAUCGAUGAAAAGUCCAAAAUCG